UUUAUUCUUAUUGCUUGUUACCUGGCAUUGUGCAAGGGGCCUAACCUUUAGAGCUAUAUAUCGAAGGAGAGAGUGUUCACUCCACUGUUGCGAGAAAGAGAGUGAUAGUUAUGUAACUUUCAACAAGAUCAAUGAGGUGAUUGUACCGAAGAUUUAUCAUACAAUUUUUCCAAUAUGGAGUUCACGAAUUAAGUGCAGAAUAAAAUUUUCAACUCAAGUAACACCGGAUAAGUAGGUUAUACACAAACAAAAUUCAUAAUCUCGUGUUGAUGACGCAACAACUAUAAAAUGACGACAUUGAAGCACGAUAUUGAACUACCUAGUAAAAUUCCAGAAUUACUACUUGAGAAACAUGUGAAAUAUCUCAUUUCUUAUGAAACUGACAAAGAUGAAUAUACCUAUUGUAUGACAGAGCACAUGAGAAUGUCCGGUAUGUAUUGGGGCCUUACUGCGCUAGAUUUAAUGGGAAAAUUAGAGCAAGCUGAUAAGCAACGGGUGUUAGAAUUUAUUGGUCAAUGUCAAAGUGACUGCGGUGGUAUAAGCGCUAGUAUAGAGCACGAUCCACAUUUACUUUAUACACUCAGUGCCAUUCAGAUAUUAUGCAUUUAUGAUGCACUGGAUGUAAUAAAUGUCGAGAAAGUUGUGAAAUAUGUGAAAGAGAGGCAGCAGCCAGACGGAAGUUUCACCGGUGAUUGUUGGGGAGAGGUGGAUGUCAGAUUCUCAUUCUGUGCUGUUGCUACUUUAUCGCUUGUGAAUCGUUUGGAUGCGAUAAAUAUCGAGAAAGCGGUAGAAUUCAUAAUAAAGUGUAUGAAUUUUGAUGGGGCAUUUGGCUCGAAACCAGGAUCCGAGAGUCACGCCGGUUUAAUAUAUUGUUGCGUGGGAUUGCUUUCGAUAACAGGACAUCUGCAUCUGAUAGAUGCCGAUCGUUUGGGGUGGUGGUUAUGCGAGAGGCAACUACCUUCCGGCGGCUUAAACGGCAGACCGGAAAAAUUGCCGGACGUAUGCUAUUCUUGGUGGGUCUUAUCGGCGUUGACGAUUUUGGGUCGCCUCCAUUGGAUCGAUAAGAAGCGUCUGGUGAAUUACAUCCUGAUUUGUCAAGACACCGAAUCCGGCGGUUUCAGCGAUCGACCCGGGGACGUAGCCGAUCCUUUUCACACGUUGUUCGGCCUCACCGCGUUGUCGUUGUUAGACAGGGAUUACUCGUUGAAACCGAUCAAUCCCACUUAUUGUAUGCCAGAGUAUGUAAUCGAGCGUUUAGGUCUCAGACCGUCGAGGCUCGAUGCGUGAUUACACGCAUCAUUGUGCGUAGCGCAGGUUGUAUAUUAUUUCUUACCUCCGUUAAAUAUACGAUUGUAGAUUUUCUA